CAGGAAAGCCACGAGUGUCUCGACUAAUGGCCGCAUCACUUUCUGUAUAUCGUAGACGUAAACUGGAAGAACAUGCGUCCUUAGACCAUACACGGAAACUGUUUGACCCUGCAUUUAGGCUUUUCCAUGGUCAUGAUGAUGUUGUCUCGCUCUCGGACAGCCCCUGUGCUGGAGCGGAAAAGCCUAAGUUUUCCUCUCCUGCAUUCUAUCCACUUGCUGCUAAGGCGGCGACUACUAGUCUCUCAUCCUUUGGACAUGGAGGGCCUUUUGGAUUUGAUGCCUUUUCCGACAUGUUUAAGAAUCAAGAGAAAAAGUCAGACUCAUCCAAAAAGAAAGAUUCUUCCUCUAAGAUAAAACUCUUGAGAUCAAAACUUAAGAUCUGUAGCUCAGAAGAAUCUGAGGUCGACAGGACAAGAUAAAUAGAUGGAAGGUGCUGUGAUAAAGUGGUGAUGAAAUGGAAUCCCAUGUUGCUUGAAGUAGCAAGUCAUUUGUCUACAUGAACAGCUAGUGUUGUCUGCUAAAAUAUUUUGGUUUCUUCUUCGAAGAGCUCGAUAUAUGUAUAGUUGUUUCUUUCCUUGUUCUGGCCAUUGUAUUUGAAACUUCUCAAAAUGUUUGAGAGAGGUAAGAAUAAGUGUUUAUAAAGUGAC